AUGGCGGAUGACGCCGGUGCUGCAGGAGGCCCUGGAAUGGGAGACCGCGGCGGCUUCGGCAGUGGCAUUCUGGGCCAUUGUGGCGGCCGUGGUGGGGGCCGGGGUCAAGGCCGCGGAGCUUGCGGAUGCAAUGCCGAGGACAAGGAGUGGAUCCCCGUCACCAAGCUGGGCCGCCUGGUAAAGGACAUGAAAAUCAAGUCCCUGGAAGAGAUCUAUCUCUUCUCUCUGCCUAUCAAGGAAUCUGAGAUCAUUGAUUUCUUAUCCCUCAAGGACGAGGUUCUGAAGAUCAUGCCUGUGCAAAAGCAGACCCGUGCUGGCCAGCGGACCAGGUUCAAGGCGUUUGUUGCCAUCGGAGAUUACAACGGACACGUCGGCCUGGGUGUCAAGUGCUCCAAGGAGGUCGCCGCUGCCAUCCGUGGGGCCAUCAUCCUGGCCAAGCUUUCCAUCGUCCCCGUGAGGCGAGGCUACUGGGGGAACAAGAUCGGCAAGCCCCACACCGUCCCAUGCAAGGUGCCUGGCCCCUGUGGCUCUGUGCUGGUGCAUGUCAUCCCCGCCCUCAGAAGCACUGGCAUUGUUUCAGCCCCUUUGCCCAAGAAGCUACUGAUGAUGGCUGGUAUCAACGACUGUCACACCUUGGCCAGAGGCUGCACUGCCACCCUGGGGAACUUCGCUAAGGCUACUUUUGCUGCCAUCUCCAAGAUCUACAGCUAUCGCACCCCUGACCUCUGGGAGGAGACGGUGUUCACCAAGUCUCCAUAA